CGUUGACGUCUGACCAGCCAGCGUUUCAACAGCUGUGAGGAGCCGGUCGUACGACUUCGCACGCAUCUCUGAGCCAUGUUGCUGGACUCCAACCGAAAUUGAAACGCUCAAAAUGGGCUCCCUGUUUACAGAACUCCGAUACCGCCGUCUGUAGUGCUCUACGCCGCCUGUCUGGUGUGGGUAAGCAGGCUUUCGAUGGAGCAAGGACAUCGCUCAGUUCCUCACGUCUCGGACUGCAAGUCUGUGAGUCACUUCAAAGGAACGAUCAUGUAAAAACGAGAUUCUCCGGCCUAGGAGCCACACAGAACUGCGCUCCUGAAUUCGACAUGACACUCAUUCCCACUCGAGUGCUUAUUGUAGGGGGCUCGUACGCGGGCGUGGGUGCCGCAUUGAGUCUUCUCAACCUCUGUGUUCGUCGCGUCACACGCUUCGGCACAGCCUAUCAUGCGCCCCCAGAAGUGAAGGAUGACAUCGCGCUGGACAUUCACAUUGUAGAUGAGAGGGAUGGUUACCUGCAUCUCAUCGGCUGUCCCCUUGCAUUUUGCUCCAGCGACUAUGCCCCAAAGAUUUGGCAUAAGUUUGAAGAUAUUCCAGCUCUACGUCACCCUAGCAUUCGCUGGACUAGAGGUUCCGUCGUUAAGGUCGACACUAAUGCACUGACUGCCAAAAUCCGUCAUGCUGGGAGCGAUAUCGAGUCGCAGCAUGCAUAUGACUAUCUGAUCGCCGCAUCUGGGCUCAGACGAGCUUUUCCCGUCGUACCACAGUCUCUCACUCGAAAGCAAUAUCUGCUGGAAACUGCUGACCAUGCGCGCAAAGUACAGCAAACGAAAAAUGGAGUGGCUGUGAUAGGUGGAGGUGCUGUGGGAGUCGAGAUGGCUGCGGAACUCAAGCUUGUCCAGCCGAAUCAGAAGGUGACCUUGAUUCACUCGCGCGACAGACUGCUUUCAUCCGAGUCUCUUCCAGCCGAGUGUAGCAAACUCACCAUAAACGCUUUAAAGGAGCUAGGCGUCGACGUAGUAUUAGGCGAAAGGGUUGUCGAAACAACAGCAGCAAGCGGCGGUGACGGAGAGACCAUUCACAGGAUAGCACUGCAGAGCGGGACUGUGCUUACCGCAGGCCAUGUGAUAUUUGCUGCAUCUGGAAGUGUACCCACAGGUACAUACCUUCCCAGAUCCUGUUUGGAUGAAAAGGGCUACGUGAAGAUCAACAAGCACCUGCGAUUCCUGAACGGGGAGCGAAAUGACGAGCGUCACUAUGCAAUCGGGGACAUGGCAAAAUGGUCUGGCAUCAAGCGCUGUGGAGGGGCCAUCGCGAUGGGGAGGACCGUUGCCGUGAAUCUGUAUCAGCAGAUUAUUGCCGAAAAGUACAAGAUUGCACCCAAGUUCGAAGAGUGGCCCGAGAUCCCGCCCAUGAUUGCUCUUGCCAUCGGAAACCAGGCCAUGGUAUACGCUCCCGAGAUGGGUGCGUCUUGUUCUGAGAGCAAUGCAAAGAUCUACUUCCGCGACGAUCUAGCCUUCGACCAAUGUUGGGAUCACAUGAAGAUGUCUGAGCGAUGGUGAUUAAUUCUAUCGAAGCUGGCGGUUCAGGCCUCGUUGCGCGAUGUUUCUACAUUUCAGAUGUUUCUACAUUUCAAUUUUCCAUUCAAUCUAGACUUAGUUGACGAGUGUUGGGGGGGGGAAUGCAUUCCGCUUCAUCCAUAACGCCUUGUGCCAUUCCGAAAUCUUAGCAAAUCAUUAGCGAUGCAAUAAUGGACCUUCAAAUGAGCCUCUAACCAGGUUAUACAGGCGUACGAUGGUAUUUGACGGCAUGCUCAAAGCCAGCAACACUGGCUCGGGUCUGCGCUCGCUUAGCAACCCUGCGACAACGUUUGCAACUUUCUCAUACUCGGAUCUCUUCGGAAAGUGUUAGUAACAGCAGCGCGGAAGAGAGACGGAAACGACGUCAACCCAUGUCGCCUUCGGCGUAGACCAAUGCAAACAUACUAGGGACACCGACCUCGGAUCAGAUAAUCUUUUAAUUUGGCUUGGCCUGCCCGCGGACUUGGUUUCUAUUGCGAUCAAGGCUCAAAAAGGGGAUAAAACGCAAUGGAAAAAAACCCAUAAUGCCCCAAUGGGUCCUUUGUUCCGCUUGCUGCAGGGACGCCACGCAUUCUCUUGGCGUCAAAUAGAGUUAUCUGAUGGAAACUCUCGACCCGCCGUUAUGACGUGCGAAGUUUUUUGCGCCGGUGUUGCAGCUUGGAGCACAACAUUUAGCAUAUUCCGCCUCGGUCUCUGUCGGAAUCAUGUCUAGCUCUCUUUAUGACCG